UAAGCUUAGGAGCGAGCAUCUACAGUGGGCCGCAGAGGCAAUUUCUAAGCACGCGUCGUUACGAUAAUUGAAACAAGCGCUCCAUUUUUUAGGAUCAACAAAGUUAGAGAAUUUGAGGCAACUGUAUCUAUGAAUAUGUAUUGUCGUGGUUAAUAUGAUUUAGAGUAUCGUUUUCGAAUGCGCAUGCGACAUGCCACGCGAGAUCUUUUUUUUUAGAAAUCAUCUUUUCCGCUGUUGUACAAAACCAGUUGAUUAUGUAGUCGUUAAUGAGUAGACACAUUAUUGAUAUCCAUCUUCCUGUUAGUUUUUCCAGAUUUGCGAUUUUCCACUCCAAUUUCAUGUGAGAUCAUCGAUAUUCUUUUAUUUUCUAUAUUCUUGUAGAUUGACAUCAUCUUCUACACAUUUUUCGUGUUCGUUAUUUUUUCCUUUUUUGUGAAAUAUUUUUUUUCAGCGGCAAACUAGCAAUCAUGGAGCCUUGUUCAGCGCCAGCUCCGCGCCAAAGGGGGCGUAUCCGUAUGUACAACCCGUCGAAGGGUUGGGGAUUUGUCACUGGUACUAGCGUUAGGAAUCCUCGUUCGAAGCAGAAGACAAAUCCUAUCCUAUCCUCAUUGUUUUUUUUUCAUGGAUUACCUGCGUUCACCUUCACUUUCCUUGUGUCCACUUUUAUUUUGUUUUGUUCCUCGUCAUCUAUUUUACGUUCCUGAUCUUGAAACGUAAAACACCACUACAGCGCCGGCCGGAAGCUCCCUCACUGGAGACAUCUUCUUGCAUGCGAAGCACUUCGCCUUCGCCGAACAAGUCCCGAACGAGUACAUUGGUCACCGUGGUUCGUCUUAAGGCUAUAAUAGAUAAUUGAUGAUCAAUUUUAUUUCUUUGGUACAAAGAUUCAUCCUUGAAAUACAGCAUGCUCCUGGAGUAGUCUCGUCGUGCUAUAGAAGAUACAGCUUUUCAAGGCAGAACCAGAAAAAGGUGGUCAAAGAUGAAUUGCGGAGGCCUGCUCUAAGCGUCUUCUCUCCGCGGCCAUCCAAGUGGGCAGACGAAAGUUCCAGUUGUGGAGCUAUCCUACAACCUAGACCUAUCCGAUGCGAAACGACCGCAGGCACUCAAUGUGUUGCUGGAAAGCUAUGUCAGAGGCGAUGGAAUGCAAGUCGUGGACGUGGAGUUAACGAAAGCCAUCGCUGGGUCGUCCACGUCCACGUCGGACAACAAGAAUAAGAAUUAUACAACUACAAGCACGCCUCACUAUUCUUCUACUACUCCACCUUGGGGAGCUGCUGGAAGUAGCAGUGCUGCGUCAGGAG